UUUCUUUCCCAUUUUCUAUGUCCUUUGCAUAUGGGCUUCUUCUCAAGAAAAUGGCGACUAGGUUGCUGAGGUUGGGGUCAGCGGUCCGAAAUAACACCAACUUGGUUAAAGUUGGUUGUAAAUGGCAGUCAACAUCAGUUGAAGCUUAUAAACAUAAGCUGAUAAAUGUUCCUGCAACACAAGUAACAGUUCUGAACAGUGGACUACGUGUAGCGUCUGAAGAUAGUGGUUCGCCAACUGCCACAGUAGGGAUUUGGAUUGAUGCUGGGUCAAGAUAUGAGGAUGAUAACAAUAAUGGAGUUGCUCAUUUUUUAGAGCAUAUGGCUUUCAAGGGAACUGCAAGCCGUUCACAGACGGACAUGGAGUUGGAGAUUGAGAAUAUGGGUGCCCACUUGAAUGCAUAUACUUCUAGGGAGCAGACAGUUUAUUAUGCCAAGUGUCUGAGUGAUGAUGUACCAAAGGCUGUAGACAUCAUUGCUGACAUUGUCCAGAAUUCGAAACUCGGUGAGGCAGAAAUUGAACGAGAGAGGGGCGUGAUCCUUCGUGAGAUGCAGGAGGUUGAAAGCAAUCUUCAAGAAGUUGUUUUUGAUCAUCUUCAUUCAACGGCGUUUCAGGGAACUGCACUCGGACGUACCAUCUUAGGACCAACCAAUAUAAUCAAACGCAUCACGAGGAACGAUCUACAGGAUUACGUCAAGACGCACUACAAGCCGUCACGUAUCGUGCUCGCGGCAGCCGGCGGUGUCAACCACAAUGAACUGGCGAAGGUUGCAGAAAAGAAGUUUGGUGGACUCAAAUCAACUUAUGAAGGAGAAAUCCCUAUUCUUCCACACUGCAGAUUUACAGGCUCUGAGAUCCGAGUACGUGACGACUCGAUGCCACUUGCUCAUGUUGCGAUCGCUGUUGAGGCUUGCGGUUGGUCCGAUUCUGACAACAUCCCACUGAUGGUGGCUAACACAGUAAUUGGCGCGUGGGAUCGAUCGCAGGGCGGCGGAACUAACAACGCCUCUCGUCUUGCGGCCGCGGCUACCGAGAGCAACCUCGCGCACAGCUUUCAGUCUUUCAACACGUGCUACACGGACACGGGCCUUUGGGGAAUAUACUUCGUCUGUGAUCCGCUCCAGUGUGAGGAUAUGCUUUUCAAUGUUCAAACUGAGUGGAUGAGAUUAUGUACCAGUAUAACCGAUGGCGAGGUAGAAAGGGCUCGGAAUCUGCUGAAGACCAGUAUGUUGCUUCAGCUAGACGGCACGACGCCCGUUUGCGAGGACAUCGGUCGCCAGAUGCUGUGCUACAAUCGUCGCAUUCCUCUUCACGAAUUGGAAUCCAGAAUUGAGAAGGUGACGGCUAAAGACGUUCGAGAGGUAGCGAUGAAGUACAUCUAUGACCGGUGCCCGGCAGUGGCGGCCGUCGGUCCGGUCGAGAAUCUGCCCGAUUACGCCCGCAUCAGAUCGUCCAUGUAUUGGCUGAGGGUGUGAACGGAGUACAGGUUUUAAUAGAAGGGAAGAAUAGUCAUCAUCAGAAUCAACAUGUUGCAAAUUGUGGCUCCAUCGCAAUGAACUCGAACAUUGUCUGACUAAAGAAUUUCUUUAGGGACGCAUUUGCAAAAUAACAUUUCAGAUAAUUUGUACAUUUUCUCUAUACUUUCAUUCUUCAUUUUGUUUCAAGUCAAAUGUUUCAGCUUGCAUGUAAAUUGUUAAACCUGUUUUAAGAUGUGAAUAUUUAAGAAAGUGAGAAACAGUGACUAAAAUUUGUGUUUGUUGCACUUGUGCAUAGUAAACAAUACUGACAAAUUGAUGUAGAAAACAGUUUUGUUAGCAAGGCGCAGGAUUUCCUCAUUUGAUGGAUUGUCUUGCAUUCUGUACCAUUGAUGUGUCUUGUUGGAAGAGGAUGUUAUGAGAUGAGAAUGAUUAUUGAAGGACCCAUCCACGACAUUAAUUCUUCAACCCCGUCCACCAGUCCAACAUCCCGAGUCUUCUGCGUCACAUUCCUCAAUCCCGCGUACUUAGUACGUUCAUUGCGACGCUGACUUUGGCGUCAUUUUUGUAUCCAACAUUUCAGUAAAUUAAAAUUUGUUGGUAGCUGCUGACGAUGAAAAUGUU